CUAUGAUGCUGACUUCAACCAUGAACCGUGUUUAUUGAGAGGACAUAAGGCGCACUGGGCUUUAAUAAUUGGUUUCUUGAUAACAAAAGACGAUAAGUUUUAUGUUUUCGCCCGUCAUGGAAAAACGAAUUCAGUGGGUCUGUGGUCUUUAGAAGAAUUAAGUAAAAGCAAUGCUAACUUACGGGAAUUUGAACAACCUCGAGCUCACCCAGAUUGUACAUUUUUAAUACCACCUGGAGGGAUUGCUGGUAACUUAGGCUUAAAUGAACGUGCCAUUAUAGUGAAAGGAUUAUCGCAAAAACUCAUAAAGCUGCCAUGAAAAAAAUUUUUUUUCGUUCUAAUUAUAAAAUAAUAUAGUUAUAUAUAAAGUGACAAAAAUAAUGUAUAAUAUUAACUUAAGUCACAACAACUGUUGAUAUGAAUCUACCUCAAACUUAUGUAAAUUGUCACGUUUAUAUAUAUACUAAAUAUAUAAUUAAUAUAAAUUUACUAACAAAAAAUAAUGACAAUUUUUUAUACAUUUUCCGGCGUAUCAAAGACUUCGGAAGAGAGAUUUUUUAAAAAUUAAUUCAAAGUAUAUAUGAAUAAAUCUUUGUGUCAGAUAAAUUUUAGUGAAAUUUGGAACCCCAAAACUCUUGCUUAUAUAGUAUAAACCACUACUUCAAAAAUAU